AUGAUCAAUGAUACGACAGCGACCCUUGCUUCAUUAGCGUACUCCAUCCCUUCCUUGCCCAACACCCGUGUUGUCAUGGGUCUGAUCGUGGGCGCGGGAUGCAACACGACCGUACCCAUGAAACUUUCCGACUUGCAUGAAUCCAAAACUAAAAGUAUUCUUGAAAAACAUCCCGAUGCACAGGAAACACUCAUCUCGACUGAAUGGACUCUCUCCACUGCAGCGGCUUCUUUCGAUGAGCUUGGUAUCCGAACUCAAUGGGACCUUCAGCUGGAUAGAAAUUGCAAAAGACCUGGUUUCCAGCCAAUGGAAUAUAUGAUUGGCGGCGGAUACACUGGCGAGCUCGUCCGCAUCGUCUGUUAUGAUUGGUUCCAUGGAAUCUUGGGAAUACAGUGCUCUAACUUACCGUUGAAGUUGGUUGAGGAAUAUUCUCUUUCAACGGAAUACCUCUCCCUUGUUGUUGCUUCUUCCCUGUCCGAUGAGCUCCUGGCAAGCGAGUUGUCUAAGACACUCCAAGCAUCUCCUGAGAGUGAUUGGGUCUGGUCACCUGAAUACGCGCGUGAUAUUCGAGCCAUUGCCUCGGCUGUACAGGAUCGAGCGGCUUCUUUGGUGGCAUCUGCGGUUGUUGGUCUCCUAGCCUGCACCAACGAAGUCCAAUUGUGCAACACGGUGCACAAGUGCACCAAUGGAGAAAAUAUCAAAACCGACGCUGGAGUUACUAAACAAAUGGACUCUAAGUCAAUCUCAUCAUCAACGCCAGGUUGGAAUAGCGGGCCCGAGGAGCUCGCUGUGGCUUUCUCGGGUGGAGUGAUCCAGCAUUAUCCCCACUAUAAAGAAACUGUACAGAGAUAUAUUGAUCGCCUGCUACUGCGAGCUGGUCCUCAAGUAGGAGGAAAGAGUGUCUUCUUGCGCGAGGCCAGUGAUGGCGGGAUUAUUGGGACUGGUGUCCUUGCAGGAACGGCUUCAGGGGAAAUUGGGGAAAUCAGGGUUACUCCCAAUUAG